AUGGCUCAUCCAAACAAUACAUGGUUAUUCAUUGUUGUUCUCACAGUAAAUCUCCCCCCACAAAUACUUGAAUAUUUUACAGUCAUGCAGCAAAUGGGGAUAAUUCAAGUUGUCGAAUUAGGCGGUCUUCUUGGUUUGAUCGCUUGUAUGUUACUGUCUAACUUCUUCGCGAUCACUAUGUACUGGUAUGCUGUAACAGUGACAAAACGUCAACACAAUCAAUUGUUUCGUCGAAGCGUUAUCUGUAUUUAUUCGUUAUCCGAACGAUAUCAGAUUAUCGAGAAUUUUCGAGUUUUCCGGUUAUGCAAAAGUUUCUUCAUCUCAGCCUCAACAAUGAAUAUUUUUGGUUGUCUAAUUUUUAUCGUACCAUAUGUUAUAAACGUUAAUGAUUAUCAAACGGAUUUAUGGAAAGAUAUAUUCAUGGCUUUCUUGAAUAUAUAUGCAAUUCCCGUAUUGACAUGUCCAAUAUUUGCCGACAAGGAAAUGAGAAUGAUUUUUAGAAAUUCUUUUCCCUAUUUUCAUAUUCAUCGACCACUUCCACACGAGAAAACUCCGCCAAAAGGACCCGCCGAGUCAAAUGAAUACUUCAAGAUGCUCAACUUACAAUGGAAU